CCGAAACACGCUUGUCCCUUCGAUAUAAUUAGCAAUUGUAGCGUUUCCCGAGUCGACGACUCCGUUAAAAGAAAAAGAAAAACAAAGACGCAACCAAAUUCUCUCUCUGGAAUUUGUUAUCCUUGCUCCGUCAAUUUCCGGCGGAAAUUUGAGGGAGGAAGUAAAAUUACAACCAUGAGCUAUCAGCAAGUGCCCCAGCAAAAUUACCCUCCUCCAGGGUACGGAACGGUAUACCCUCCUCCGGCGGGGUAUCCGUCUGCUCCACCUCAGCCAGAUGGCUACCCCUAUCCGCCGCCUCCACCGUCGGCAUAUCCAUAUCCGCCGCCGCCGCCGCCACAUUCCGGCGGUGGUUACCAAGGAUAUUUCGGUCAAGGGUAUCCUCCGCCGCCGCCUCCUCCGACCCAGGUCUACCAUUGUGAUCAUCACCAUUGUGACGAUGGUUCUGACUUUUUGCAGCCCUCUGUUGUUGUUGUAUAUUGGAAGAGUGCUGCUUCUGAGUAAUUUGUUUUCAAUGUUGGGGAUGAUGCCUUGAAGAAUCUUCUCCAGUUCCAGUUCCAGUUCCAGUUCUCUCUUUUGAUCUCAUGGAAAUAGUGUUUUGUCUUUGUCCAAUUACCACAUGUCAUGGUGAUAUUCUUUUCAGUUACAAAACCAAGCUUUUGUUAUUAUUAUUGUUGUGUAAUGUGAUUGGUAAGCCACCAAGAGUGGAUUUAGACAUAUAAUUAUUAUGAUUAUGUGGUAAAAGUAUCAAAUUGAUAAAUGGUUAGUUUUUCUUCAAUCAAUCAUGUGUACAUAUAUUCACGAUUACCAUGCUUAUUUUACCUUUA